CUGUACUGGUUAAGAUUACUACGGCUGCGUCUUGUUUUUGAUUAGAGGGGGACUACAAAUGUUACAUGGUGCGAAAGAGAUCGCAGAGCAUCAACACUGCGUUCUCAAACCUCAGGGAUCGUAUACCAAGCGUCCUACCCGAUACAAAGAUGACCAAGAUAAAAACAUUACGACUAGCGACUUCAUACAUUUCAUAUUUACUGAAAGUUCUGGAAACCGACGGCGAGCCGGCUGGCGGCUUCAGAGCUGAGUUACACCAUACACCACCGAGAAGAAGAACUACAGACCCUAACACACAGAACAGUGCAUUGGUAGAAAAGAAGGCUAAAGGCAGAACUGGCUGGCCCCAACACGUCUGGGCUUUAGAAUUGAAGAGCGAACAAAAUCUACAGACUUAAAUAUUCUAGAAGAAUUAGUUUAAUUGGUGAUAUAAAUAUCAGUUUAACUUCAGUGGAUUUCUAACAAAUCUACACUAAGGGCUUCACUUAAACAACUCUGAGUGAGUCAAGACCACCAUUCCAAAGAACGAUCGUUUCAAUUCAUAACAUAAAGUAUUAGUUCUAAGCAAAGUAUUAUUUUGAAACCAAAGACCGUCAAUGUAUAGAUAGGACAACACGAACUUCCAUCAUUUGGUACCUAAUAUUACCAAAGUAUUAUACUAGAAAUUUAUUAUUGCGUAACCAAAGACCGUCAACUUAUAGACAGGACUACACGAACUUUCAUAAUUUGUUACCUAAUAUUACCAAAGUAUUAUACUAGAAAUUUAUUAUUGCGUAACCAAAGACCGUCAACUUAUAGACAGGAUACGAACUUCCAUCAUUUGGUACCUAACAUUACCAAAGUAUUAUACUAAAAAUAUAUUAUUGUGUAACCAAAGACCGUCAACUUAUAGACAGGAUACGAACUUCCAUCAUUUGGUACCUAAUACUACCACUUCCAAGUUUCAAGUUUACGGAAUAUCUAAUAAUGUUGUUUAUCUAGAAAUUAACUAUAUAAACGCUAAAAAAAAUGUUCUAUUCUAAGUGAUAUCUUAAUGCACUCUUAAAACAUAAUAUUAAAAAGAGAUUUGUAUUUUUGUAUGUAUUGAAAUAACUCAAAAACUAUUGGGUUUAGAAAAUCACAAUUAAAAGCUACGUUAUCAUUAACGUAGGUUAUGUAGGCGGAAGAAGUCGCUAGCAACAGAUAGCAUUUGAUAAUUCUAGUCUAUUUGAAUAUUUAAAUAAUAGUACACUCAAAAUAAUCGAUAAGAGAUUGCCAUUAAAAAUAAUUCAUUAAAAUACUUCACUGUUAUGACAACACGUGGAUUCGAUAUCUUGCACAUGUUUUAAUCUUCUAAUUAUAUUAAGUAUGCUUUUAUAGAUAAAAUAUCGUCCCACUUAAUGCUUAAUCGAAAAUGUAACGACCUUCUUAGUGUUUAUAAUUAAAAAGCAUAGAUAUAUAUAAAUAGAUUGGCGAUUAUUUGGAAAUGACCAGUUUUGCUUAAUUUUUUUUUAUUAUAUGAGGUGGCAAAUGAGCAAGCGGUCACCUGAAUCCACUGAAAUGGAAAG